GUGGUCUUCAUCAUGUUAUAUUCGCUACAAUAUCCACAACCUGCAAUGCAUGCUGGAGUACUCUGUUUUUUAGUUUGUUAGAGUUUUACUCUCGCUCCAUGUUCUAAAGAGAAUGGAAGAUAGUAUGAAGGCCUAAUUUAGUCAUGCAUGAGCACGGCUCACACAAUAGUGGUGCAAUUGAUUGAAUGAUUGGCCUAAUCCUUUGUCUGACACAGAAAUGGACCCAUUGUUCCCUUCCAUUUUCUGCUAAGCUGUCUCCACAAUAUGAACUAUAUAUUCUCUGUUCCUGACAAUCUAUUCGCACUGAAGCACACUCUAGAGAUCUACUUAUAAAUUGCCAUCCACUAGAACACUUGAACCACAUACCAAAGGGAAGUGAAGCACACCUACCACAGCUUCCAUUGCUGCCUUCUUGCUUCCAUCUCGUUUACGAUAUGGAGAUGGAGUUCGACAUGGCAAUGGACAUGAUGAGCCAGGAGCAGCUCAUGCACAUCAUCUCACAGCUAGACAGUGCACUGGCGAGCUCGCCUUCUCCAUCCACGUCGCCGUCGGCGUCGCCGCCGCGACAGUCACCGGCGGCUCAUGUUCCAGUACCUCCAGGUCUACUCAACACUACGAUGGUUUCUACUUCUCGAGCUCAAGCGGCGCCGUCGGCGCCGUUGCAUCCGGUCGCCGCCACGGCUGCGGUGCAGUCGUCGUCGCGGGGCAUUAUGUACACGACGACGCGCCAGGGCGUCAUCGACGCGGCGGAGGAGGAGGAGGCGGCGGCGCCGCGGCCGCGGCGGCGCAACGCGCGGGUGUCGAGCGAGCCGCAGAGCGUGGCGGCGAGGCUGCGUCGGGAGCGCGUGAGCCAGCGGAUGCGCGCGCUGCAGCGGCUCGUCCCCGGCGGCGCGAGGCUGGACACGGCGUCCAUGCUGGAGGAGGCCAUCCGCUACGUCAAGUUCCUCAAGGGCCACGUCCAGUCGCUGGAGCGCGCCGCCGCCGCGCUGCACAUGCACGGCGGCCACGCCGCCGCCGCCGGCUUCGCCGGCGACGCGGGAGACGCCGUCUACUCCUGCCCGUCGUACUACGCCUAGUUAGAUAUUCAUAGAUAUUCGAGCGUUCACUCGUGUGACAUGAUGCAUGCAUGCAUGUGCUAUGACUAUGUAAUUAAAUUGAACUAAAGCCGGAAGUGAGAGUUUAGUUAGUGAUAUAAUUAAACCAUUGUGACUGUACAACAACUGCAUGUGAUAAAAUCUGUAAUGUACUACAUGUUCUACAAAUUGUUCUUAGGAUUCCAUGGGUUGCAUGCAUGCAAGCAUAGACAAAUUCAUCACAACAUGUCAUGUUUAAUGCUGCAACAUGACAGCAUCAUUAGCCUAGGAUGCUCCAUAUAUGGAAUGGAUGGAUAAUUGCAGCUGGUAAUUAAAAAUGCUC